AUGGAGGCACAUAGUCUCAGCACAAUUAUUGAAAGCCACCGGCCAGACCUCGAAUAUUACGAGCGUAUUUAUCGCGAGAUACAUACAUCGCCGGAGCUGUCGGGCCAGGAGAAGCAAACGUCCACAACAGUGGAAAAUCAUCUCAGAGAUUUGGGAUUUGAGGUUCAUGCGAGGAUUGGAGGCUAUGGGGUUGCCGGAAUCUUGAACAAUGGAUCAGGCGCUACCAUUUUACUCAGAGCUGAUAUGGAUGCUUUGCCAAUGAAGGAGAAGACAGGCCUCCCAUACGCUAGUCAACGAGUGGCUAAAGAUGCGGAUGGGAACGAGAGACCUGUAGCGCACGCCUGUGGGCAUGACUUUCACGUCAUCAGUUUGAUGGCGAGUGCGGCUCUCAUGUGCUCAGCUCGCCAUGAGUGGUCCGGAUCCUUAGUUUGCGUGUUCCAGCCGGCCGAAGAAACUCUCUCCGGGGCGCAGGCGAUGAUCGACGAUGGGCUACUUGACAAGAUUCCGAAACCGGACUUGGUCCUCGCUCAACAUGUAAUGCGCAUGAGAGCCGGCCAAGUGAGCGUCCGUAGUGGUCGUUUUCUGACCGCAGCCGACUCGUUUGAAGUUCGAAUUACUGGACAGGGCGGUCAUGCGUCCACCCCUGAUGUUUGUAUUGACCCGGUUGUUAUCGGUGCCGCUGUUGUGUUACGCUUGCAGACUAUUGUGAGUCGCGAAGUCAACCCUCAUGACUUAGCAAUCGUUUCGUGCGGAAGCAUUAAUGCCGGUUACAAUGCCAAUAUCAUACCGGACAAGUGCAUCAUUCGGAUCAAUGUGAGGACCUAUGAUCCCAAGACACGCAAGCGGGUUAUCGAGUCAAUUGAACGUAUUGUUAAAGCAGAAUGCCUCGCUUCGGGUGUAACCGAGAAGCCUACAAUCUGCUCCUUGACAUCAGCCCCUGCAACAGUGAAUGACGAUGAAGUCGCCACCGCCUUGGGGAAGGUAUUUAGCUCCUAUUUCCAGGAGGAAUUUGUCGAGGGCGAACCUACUACUGCAAGUGAAGACUUUUCUCUUUUGGCUACCGCAGCGAAUGCACCAUAUGCGAUGUGGACAUUCGGCGGUAUCGAUGAAAGGACCUGGGACGAAGCGGUUCAAAACGAUACUCUUCACAAGUUAGGUGGCAACCACUCCCCCUACUUUGCUCCGGUGCUUGAACCAACCUUGAAAACGGGAGUGGACGCAAUGUCUGUCAGCGCUUUGCACUUUCUACAGAGACAUUCUCGAGGGUGA